GUAGCGUUCAGUUCCUCUUGAGAUAAGACUAAAAGUAACGCCAAAGGACAGGCUGGAGACAUCAACGUCAAACACUUCAAAGGCAACUCCAAGAUCCAAGCCCUUACGUUCUAUAAGCUCAUUUGCGCAAUGUACAGCUUGCCCUUCGUACUUCGGGGCCCCGACGAGCUGAUCUUAUUGACGGCGAUGGCUCGAUUCUACACUGCCCUUCCGGUUCUUUCGAGAUCACUCCUUAACGCGAUCAUGCGAAGCCCAGAUUUUCUGUCCAACAUGCAGAACAGGGCAGUAGAGCUACUGAUUGCAGCUAAGGAAUUGAGACACCCCGAGCUUUUCAAAGACUGCCUUCUCUUGUGCCUUGGUCCCUGGGGAGCCCCUAAGUUCAACCAACUCGAAGAUCCCCAGCUUGAGAGCGUUGCCAUUCAUGCGAGAAACGAGCUAUGCCUUAGUGUAUAUGAAGCACAGGCACGCAUCGUUAGCGCGAUGGGUUAUGGCAACUAUACGGACAGCACUAAAAUUGCGCUUGGCUCUGUGGAGUUUAAUGCAGCUAAGAAAGUCUGUUUUAUCUGGGAUGACAUCCACCCAGGGGGCGAUCAAGUUUGCAUGCCAUGCUACUACCGCGAAUUGCUCAAGGCCAACAUCUCAUUUUUCCAACCCUUGAUCAAGUCGAGCUUUGAGCCGUUGAUGGAGGAUCGACUAAGCCUCAUCAAUGCAAACAAUUUGUACAGACGCAGCUGCUACUUCCUCGGACUCGAAAUUCGUGACGAGGAUCUUCCUUGGGACCAGACUCAAAUGGACUGGUGAUCUCUUGCCAAUUACCCAACAGUAAGCUAUAUAAUGAGUCCUAUAAUUUCUGUCCCUGACUGGAAACUAGAAGCGAUCCAGUUUGCACGCGCGGUUGGAGGAUCAAAGUUCCUGCAGCUAUCGAAUAUUGCAUUCGCAUCCUGGCUGAAGCAUCAAUGUUCUCAUGCGCAUGGGACAAUGAAGACACGUUUCAGCACUUGCCGUUUACUCGACUUCUUUCCACUUGUCUACUCGGCUUCUUUCCACUUGCGC